AUGGUAGACACUGCAGCAUUUUCUAACCAAGAUACCAACGGCACGCGACGCAUUCCAAAAAGACUUUACGACCUCAAGAAACCGCCUUCACUCGAACAUUUCAAGCAACUAUGUGCUCAAAGCACCGACACGUCCUUGUAUCCGCACGCCAUGUCCGUAGUAUCAAACAUCCCAAUCUACGACAUCGCUUCCUUACCUCCUGACGCAGACGUCGAUAGCAUCCAAGACGAGUGGCAUCAUAUUUUUCUAUCAGGCCCCGGGGUGCUUGUGCUCCGCAACUUCCUCUCCGACGCCGCCUUGUUACAGCGUAUCAACACGGUCUUCACAGAAAUCAUAGAGGUCGAAUCUCAGUCCACGUCGAAAGGCGACCAUUUUGCCGCUUCCGGCAACAAUGCCCGGAUCUGGAACUCCUUCCAGAAGCACGCCCAGCACCACCCGGCGAGCUUCGUGCGCUAUUACUCGAACCCUUGGUUGUCGCGUGUCUGCGAAAGUUGGCUCGGCCCCUCGUACCAGGUCACGGCCCAGGUCAACCUCGUCAGGCCAGGCGGAAAACCUCAGGUCAGCCACAGGGAUUAUCACCUGGGCUUUCAGACGGCCGAGUCGUGCUCGCGAUUCCCCAAAGCCACGCAGGUGGCGAGCCAAUACCUCACGUUGCAAGGCGCCGUCGCACACUCGGACAUGCCUCUCGAGAGUGGGCCGACGCGCUUCCUGCCGUUCUCGCAGCAGUUUGACGAAGGCUUCAUGGCCUACCGCCUCCGAGAGUUCAGAGACUAUUUCGAGGAGAGCUGGGUCAGCGUGGACCUGAAGAUGGGUGACGCCGUCUUCUUCAACCCGGCGCUUUUCCACGCCGCGGGAGAAAACCGGACGGCUGAUGUUGAGAGGAGCGCCAACCUCUUGCAGGUCAGCAGCGCCUUCGGUAGGACCAUGGAGACCGUCGACACGGCGACCAUGAUCGCCCAAUGCUGGGAUGAGGUGCGGAAACUGAGCGAAGAGCCUACCACCAUGCCAGACGAGAUAGAUGCCAUCUUGGCGGCCAUCGGUGAGGGGUAUCCCUUCCCGACUAACCUUGACCGCCGCCCACCAGCGCCAGGAGGAAUGGCACCUGAAAGCGAAGUCGAUGUUCUUCGUAAAGCGUUGGAGCAAGGCUGGAGCACUGACAAGGUCCUAAGUGCCAUCUCGACCAUCAGGCGGGAUGCAAUGCCAUGA